AUUCUGGUCUCCUCGAAUCUUCGGCCCAGCUUCCGAAUCAGAAGCAGAAAACAGUUCCUUGGUAUUUUGUUAGUGCGUUUGUUUGGUUGUUUCUUUGUUUUGUGGUGUUUUUUUUUAAAUUUAGGAGAGCAUAUUGAUGAAGAAAUGAUGGGAUUUGUGCAUUUCUCGUGCUUCAACAAGUUAACUUGAUAUCGUCAUUUCACCUUCCGAUUCUUCGGGGCUUAUUGUAGUAUGGUUUUGGCGGGGAAGCUCGUCUCUCACCUCAGGGAAGUAAAUAUGUUUUUCAAGGUUAGUAAUUUAUUUCUCUCUCUCUCUCUCUAUAUAUAUAUAUAUAUCUUUCUCUCUCUCUGUCUCUCUCUCUCUCUCUCUCUCUCUCUCUCUCUCUGUGUCUCUCAAUGUACAAAAUAUGUACAACUGAAUGUGAACUUUUAUUAAAGUUAAAGAAAACAUUUUUGUAGCAUAUUCCUCUCUCUCUUUCUCUCUCUCUUUCUCUCUCUCUUUCUCUCUCUCUCUCUCUAAAUAUAUAUAUAUAUAUAUAUAUAUAUAUAUAUAUAUAUAUAUUUUUAUAUCAGUAAUUUUAUAAAUAUUAGUUAUGACAAAGGCGAAGCUGGUGGUGAAAAGGGAAGGGGGGAGGGCAUUUUCUCUCUAUAGAUCAGUAAUUUAAUAAAUAUUAGUUAAGCCAAAGGCGAAGCUGGUGGUGAAAAGGGAAGGGGGGAGGGCAUUUUCUCUCACCAGACGUCAGCCUAACAGGGAUCCCAAAAAAAAAAAGGAUUCGAUUGUAAUUUGUAGAUUGAAGUAAUUGCAGUGGGGACCCACAUGUUUAUCUUGCCGAUGGCCGUGAGACACACUAGCUACGCCUCUGCUUUCAGCAAACUCGUUUAACGUUCUAGCUACGCCUCUGCUUUCAGCAAACUCGUUUAACACUCUAGCUACGCCUUUGCGUUCAGCAAGCUCAUUUAAAACUCUAUCUAGGCCUCUGCAUUAGGCAAACUCGUUUAACACACUAGCUACGCCUCUGCUUUCAGCAAACUCGUUUAACACUCUAGCUACGCCUCUGCGUUCAGCUAACUCGUUUAACACACUAGCUACGCCUCUGCAUUAGUCAAACUCGUUUAACAUUCUAGCUACGCCUCUGCGUUCAGCUAACUCGUUUAACACUCUAUUGGCAUAAAUUUGUGGCAUAAAUUUUCUACCACGAUCCAUAAAAAAUGAGGAAAGAAUAAAAUUGUUUUAAGGCUUAUGCACAUCCUUUUUUUCGCAAAUAUGUCUGUUUCUUGAAUGCCUAAGGUGACGACAUCACUUCUGAAUCUUACCUGACCCGAUCUCGUUUCACAUAACCAAGUUUUGCCACCUUUUUAACAUUUGAACUUCAGAAUGUCCUCCUCCCCCCCCCCCCCCCCCCCCCCCCCCCCCCCCCCCCCCCCCCCCCCCCCCCCCCCCUCACCCCCCCCCCACACCUUCAGAAUGUCCUCCUCCCCCCAGCCCCCCCCCCCCCACCCCCCCCCCCACGAACACACACAUGUUUAUCUAGAUACGACGAAGCGUUCUUUGGACUUGAUACACAGUGUCAACAUAGGUUUCUGUUUGUGAUGUCCGGGUCACAAGACUCAUGAUUAAAAAUUUUCUAAUGGAUUCUAAUCAACAUUUUUGACUCACUGCAGAUUUUGUUCAUUAUGGUACAUUUCCAUUAUUUUAAAAAAUUGUUUUGCGUUGUUUAUCUUCUUAUGGUCGUAGGAAUAAGUGAAGUAAUUAAAGUCUUUGAAGAAUAUUUAUUUCUGUUUAGAUAAUGUUUAAAACUUAAAAGUUGAUGAACGAAAUUUUUUUUUCUUUAAUGUGUUUUACCUCAAACAAUAUGAGGUAGAUCUAUAGGGAUCCCAUCACAAGGGCUAGAGGCAUUGGUCCCAUCAUUAGUUCUGAAUACAUUCGUACCAUCAUUAAGGCUGGAUGCAUUCGUAUCAUCAUUAGGGCUGACAUAUUCGUCCAAUCAUUGUGCCUGGAUGCAUUCGUUCAGUAAUUAUGGUUGGAUGCGUUCGUCCCAUCAUUAGGCUUGGAUACAUUCAUCCCAUCGUUAGGGCUGGAUGGAUUCGUCUCAGCAUUAAGGCUGGAUGCUUUUUCCCAUCAUUAAGGCUCGAUACAUUCGUCCCAUCAUUGGGGUUGGAUACAUUCGUCCCCAGUCCCCAGGUGUAAGUGGGAACAGUUAGUUUAACAAAGAAACAUCAGCAACCCCCACCCCCCCUUUUUUUUUUCCACCUUCCCGUACGUUUCAAGUCCUAAUUGUAUUUUGGUUAACACAUCAUUCAAAAACCCGGUCGAUACACGCAGUGUCGCGUGUAGGUGACUAAUAUUGUUUGUGGUAGUAGGCAGGGGGGUAUUCAUAAAAGAAAUGGUGCUGGGUUUCUUUAUAGGUGGCAUCCCAGACAAAUCGUACUCAUUAUUUUAAGCUAUGCAGAAUCGCAUGACUGUCAUGUUAUCAUAGCAUCUAGUUAUAAAGGACUUCAUAUAACACCAACCAACAGAUGCGGUGACAUCGGCUGUUUUGCGAAAAUUUCCAGUAAGAUCUGAUCAACAGGAGAUCAUCCUUGGGUCAUACACAUAAUGUCACCCUAUAAAACAAAAGAAAAAUGAUGCAUUAACGUGGUCACUAUUUUUAUGAGACAGGACAGCCAUGUUGACAUUGACAUGUGUCAAAGCGGCGAUCUGGUGCGCAGACACUGGACCAGUAACAUAAGGGCGCAAGCAACAUUUAAACAUCUUGGAGAUUUUCUAUAUACUCCAGAUGGAAAUAACAAGUGAUCAUUUUGUAUAUAUAUCCGUGUAGGAGAAGGGGGAGGAGGGGGGCUGGCGAACUGUAGAGUUUUUUCGUGGUUGGGGAGGGGGGCGGGGUCUGCACAACUCAAGGUCCGCUUCGGGUGAUCCAAACUCUAACUACGCCACUGCAUAGGUGUAUGCUCAAGGCUACAUGCCUAGAUUCUGCAUUGGUGCAAUACACUUAAAAAUAUAUUUAUAGCCAAAACCAGGUGUGUAAAAUAACCCUUCACAGUCUUUGCCCCCAGUCGUAAAUGGCGCGUCUAGACUGUUAACUGUUUUCUGAGCUGGAUGCACAACAUUAUCUCAUGACACGUGUCGCUAUUUCAGGGCCUCACAUUUAGGUUAGUCCUUCAGAGCGUCGUCAUUACAACUCUACUCUAUACAGUUCACGGGAAAGGUAAGUUGAACUUUAGACAAUCAAUUUUUACCUAGAGUUUUUAAAGUGCGCCUCAACGUACAGUCUUAUUUGAAUUAUAUCUAUUUCUUCUUAUCUUAAAUACUUCUUAUCUUCAUGUCUUCUCAUCUUCAUUUCUUAUUAUCUUCAUUUCUUAUUAUCUUCAUUUCUUCUCAUCUUCAUUUCUUAUAUCUUUAUUUCAUUUUAUCUUCAUUUCUUGAAUCUUCAUUUCUUUUUAUCUUCAUUUCUUAUUAGCUUUAUUUCUUUUUAUCUUCAUUUCUUAAAUCUUCAUUUCUUUUUAUCUCCAUUUCUUAUUAGCUUCAUUUCUUUUUAUCUCCAUUUCUUAUUAGCUUUAUUUCUUUUUAUCUCCAUUUCUUAUUAGCUUUAUUUCUUUUUAUCUCCAUUUCUUAUUAGCUUUAUUUCUUUUUAUCUUCAUUUCUUAAAUCUUCAUUUCUUUUUAUCUUCAUUUCUUAAAUCUUCAUUUCUUUUUAUCUUCAUUUCUUAAAUCUUCAUUUCUUUUUAUCUCCAUUUCUUAUUAUCUUCAUUUCUUUUUAUCUCCAUUUCUUAAAUCUUCAUUUCUUUUUAUCUUCAUUUCUUAAAUCUUCAUUUCUUUUUAUCUUCAUUUCUUAUUAUCUUCAUUUCUUUUUAUCUCCAUUUCUUAAAUCUUCAUUUCUUUUUAUCUUCAUUUCUUAUUAUCUUCAUUUCUUUUUAUCUUCAUUUCUUUUUAUCUUUAUUUCUUUUUAUCUUCAUUUCUUAUUAGCUUUAUUUCCUUUUUUUAAACUGGUUACAUAAACAGGGUAUGGAUUUAAAGAGAAAAAAAAAUCUAUUUUCUUUUUAAAUGUACAAAAUGCUUUAUUAAAUUGAAUGACGAGUGCAUGGGGCAAACACAUAAGAUUAGUGUUUUUAGUUAGAAUGAACAUAAUUGUCCAUGGUACAACGUUGAAUAUCAGUCCAUACUAAAGUUGGUAUAACAUUUUGUUUUUAUCGACGUAUCACAUCACGAUUUUAGUUUUAGGCUUAAAUCACUAAUUGUUUUAAAGCGUCUUAUAAAUAUAUAUAGAUAGAGACUUUUAAAACAAUAUCAUGAAAAUUAAAAUGUUUUAAAAUAAAUAAUUGAAUUGCUGGCAAUCUCGCAAAGACUGAAGGAGGCCAAAACGUAUGUUUAUAAGCGUAACAGUUCGUUGACCGGCUGACCCGCUCGUUGAUGACUCUGGUAACUCUUAAGACUUAAUCACCAAAGUACGAAUAGCUCUUCCUUUACUCCGCAUCAUGUUUAAAAUCGAUCACGGGGAAAUGUGCGUCCGUGGUGUCACAUCAUUUCCCGUGCCGAUCCAUCUGGGUCAUUUUGCCACGCGAAGAAUUCUUGAGUAAGGCGGAUAAGUUUUGAUACCAGCUUCUCAAACUGUGGUAAAGUCUUUUGCCUUGCUUGGGUUGGUGGCGCCCGGGACCGGUCAAGAUAUUUGCCGCCCUGCACGAAAAAAAAAGAAAAACUGCAGUUGGCCGAAAAUGCCAACCAUCCAUAUAAAGAAAACAGUGCCGCCUGGGCUGGGCCGCUGCCUCCGCACACCCCCCCCCCAACCCGUUUCCUACGCCACUGGUUGUGAAUUAUAUUUGUUCCUGUUGUACAAAGAGAUUUAACAAAAAUACAUUUUUUGACAUCCAGUCUGUUCUUUGCUGGCAUCCGUCUGCCACAAUGUAUCACAAGGCCUGGAGAUGUUUCUUCAGGAGAAUAAGCUGGUUCCCCAAAAAUCAAAUCACCUCUUGUUAUGUGGAUACUUCCAAGAAAACAUCAUAUGGGGAUGAUACAGCUUGGCACCAGUAUCGUCGCAGGAGUUGCCGGAAUUUCAAUUGCGUCAAUGUUAUCCGCCUACGGAACUCCAUCUCCGGGUUUGAAGUCAGAGGCAUCCUUCUCAUUGAGGAGUUUCCGAACAAGGUUAACGAGUCCCAUCCACCUGGAGUGGUGGGGGAUGCUUUUGCUUGUAUGGGCCCGCCACUCAGCAACCAGUGUAUUACAACAUAUCAAAUUCCAAUAAUGAACAUAGUCGUGGUAAAUAUUUUUCAAAACGUUUGAGAAGCACGGUUCUAGAUAACACCGCAAAGUGAAGUGGCCAAAAACGCAUGUAUUGUAUCUGAUGAGGACGCAUGAAGAGCAUCACGUGAAGACAAUAUCCUCAUAAUCUCUAACAACAAGACUGUGACACGCGUUUUUUUUUUUUUUUUAUAAAGUAAACUUACUUUUGUUAUAGUCAGAGGCGACAUGAGUUUUGAAAUGAUAUCUCACACUUGGAAUAAAAAAAUAUCAUUGCUUUUCAACUUUUUAUUUUAUUUCGCUGCACCAGAGGUAGGCAAACUUGUUUUUAUGCGGAGGGCAACCUUGACAAAUGUAAAGCUAUUCGUGGGGCAACAUGUAUAUUAUGUCAAAUUUUUACAUGUCAAUAAAGAUUUCUCUCUAUAUUAAAAUAGGUAAAUUCGCAUUUUAGUUUUAGCAUUAUUUGACAAAAGUUAAGGACUGUUAAAAAAAUAGAAAAUUUGAAAGAAAGUUGAUCAAAAAUGUUAAAAGAAUCACAACGGUUAAUGAAAUUCUGAAAAAUUCAACAAAUUAACAUUUAAACAAUAUUUUUUUAAAUUUCUAUAUGCCUUCGAUUUCCGCAUAAUAUCGGUUGCUGGGCCUCAUGCGCCCCGCGGGCCGUGUUUUGCCCACCUAUGAGAUGCACAAACAAAAACGAAUUCAGUCAGUUUUCGACUCAGCUUAUAAGUAUAAAUGUUAACCAUUCUUUUUGGGAGCUGUCGCCAAACACAUUUUAAUAAUUAUACGUUUAAAUGAGAUAUUCUAGAGGUGCCAUGUAACAUAACAUGGCCUUUUAUUUUGUUUUUAAAAUACACGAAAUAAUUUUCUAUAUUACGAGAUUCAACCGUUACUUUUAAAUCUUGCUCUAGCGUCAAGUGGCUGCGAAACUCCAGUUUCCUGUUUAAAAAUAGUCCAUAAAUUUACGGCCAAUCCUUUAAAUUUUUUUCCAAAUAGACUUUCACAGAAGUCUUUAAGAACAUUAAGGUGCCCGUUACAAUCUCUGAUAUUAUCAAGGAUUUUAAAUCUAAACUAAACAGCAAUUUUCCGCGUUUGUAAAUUGUUCUUGCUUUCCUUCAACAUUAUAAUCAUAGUGAGCACUAAAUUCACCACUUCCGAGAAUGUGAUACCGUAAAUUAACUCUGCUUAUAGCAGUUUCGUGAAAUGACGUACAUUGAUAUACUUGAUAGAGACAUCACGGGUAUUUAAUUCGCUUUUUAGCUCCAUAGUUUUGACAAAUGUAUAUUAAAAUUCCGUUUUAAAAAAAAUGUGUGAAGAUUUAACAUAUUUGUUAUGAAAAUUUAAAUACAUUGAUUUUCGCAAACCCUGUCCGGUAAGUCAACCCCAGCUUGAACCCAAUGAACUGGUUUCAUUGAAUGGAGUGUCUUCGUUUACAAGUAGCGAACUUUGGCUCGAUAUCUACCUUUUUUUUUAACCUUGUGUCCAUGUUUCGUAAAUAAGAUAUUGUCAGUGUGAAAUUAGGUGUGGGGAGUGGGGGGGGGGGGCUAGUAUUGUCAAGCACAAUGUUAUUUUGUAUGUCGUCGGUCCUUUCAAUUUUUUGUAAACCUUGUGAUUGGUUGGGGGGGGGGAGUGGUGGUGGGGGCUAGUAUUGUCAAGCACAAUGUUAUUUUGUAUGUCGUCGGUCCUUUCAAUUUUUUGUAAACCUUGUGAUUGGUUGGGAGGGGGGGGGGAUUAUGCCAUAUGUACCAUUUUAUGGUGUGUGCUUCGUAUUUAAUUUUCACUCUUUUUAAUUCUCACCUCUUUUCACCCCUAGUGCCAUACUAUCAUAUUAGAGCCCACUUGUCAUGCUUCUGCGUUUUUGUUCAAUGUUCUUCAUACGUGGCUGUCGUUUCUUAAAAUGGGACUGUGAGGAUGGGGGAGGGGGGGGGGUGGCGAUACGCCAUCGACUUAGCCAAACUGCUUAUCUGAUUGUUUUCAUACAUGAUAUUAACCCCGUGACAAUGAACAUGAAUACAGGUCAGCAUUCUGCAAUGCUUCUAUUUAUAGCCCAUUAAACUCUCUUUUUAAAACUGUAGAGACGUUUGUCAAGGUAACUAGUGUGUUAAGUUAUUUUUAGGGCUGCGUUCGAACAUCUGGGAAUUCCACCAUGAAUGGAUUUAACAAACAAAAACUAUCCUCUCCCACUAAUAAAAUUAUAAAAAGAAUACAUGUAUAUAGAUUUAAUUUUUUUAAAAUAAUUUUAAAAUACAUAUGACGUCAUUCUUAAGUAGUUCACAAUGAUUUUGUUGCAUAUUUCUAGUUUAUGUUGUGGGAUAUUGUACUGAUAGUUCUGUAUAUAAUCACACUUUAGACUGUAGGCUUUUUUGUAAAUAAGCUUAUUUUAAUUAGUAUGCCUUUGUAUACUCUGUGUCACAUGGUUUAAUAUAUAUAAAAAAAGACUUGACGCCUGCAAUCAACACCCUAUCCUGCCAGUUUCAACCUGACGGAGUCAGUCUCUCCGAUCCCAGGAACUGCUCAAAUUUCAUCAAGUGAGUACUUCGUAAUGGUCUUCUUGUGUUGUGAUACAUGAUCAGAAGUUAUAGCUGGGCACAGUGUAUAAAAAAAAAACAGCAUCUAAACAGAGACAUUAAACACAUUUCAUCAAGGAAACUGCAGGAACCAUUGUUUCAACUACUAAACGUAGCGUCAGUAGCCUCCUGUACAAGUAUAUUUAUAGAAAUGAUUGUAUUUUUACAUCUUUCUUUUUUUUUUUUGAUAAAGGCAUAGGACGAAAAGUUUACAUAAUUUGUAGUCUGUGUAAUCAUUAUUAAAGCUGAGCCUAUAUUGUUUCAUUUUAAAAAAAAAUGUGUUUGUGUCUCACUAAGCACAAACACAUCUUAUACUUGUUAACUCAUUUACAAUAGAUUCACAAUCCACUGCUCAAACUAUUUAUUUGAUGUGGAACGACUGGUCAUAAAUAAAUAAACAUGCCUCAAGUUUGUUGAUUUAAUCAGUUGUUUUUUUUUAAUAAACGAUUCAAGCUGCCUACAUGUGUGCCUAUCAAAAUCUGCCCUUCAAAUCGUUCCAGGUGUGUCAAUGGCCAGGCAGUUCCACGGAGCUGUCCAGCAGGACAGUACUACAACUCAUUGAUAUAUCAGUGCGACUUCUCUUCAAUAAAAUGGUGCUUGAUCACAAGGGUGAGUCUGUAUACCAAAAAAAUACAAUUUAAUAAAUGAAUUACAUGCAAGAACAAAUGUGUGGUUUAUACUAAGAACUCAUAAUCUUUCUAUCAAUAGGAUAGUAGCGAUAAAGGUAAAUGAAGUGCAGCUGUUUUCCAGUUCACAUGUUGAAAUAUUGCAUUCAGACAUUAAAUAACAUGUAUGCAGAACAAUAAAAAUGAUAUUUUUUUAAAUAUGUCUUCAUCAUUUUAUUCCAUGUAUAGGAGGAUCACGGACGAGGCAGUGCUCGUAAAUUAAAGAACAGAAAAAUUCAUAAUCUAAAAAUUGCCCAUACCGCUCUAAACAAGAGCUCUACACCGGAUCCCAGACGGUUGUCCAAGAAUAAAAAGACACCAUCAUUCGGCGCACCGCUUUUGUUUACAAAGUCAACGACGCUGGUCACGUCAUCCCCAAUAGCACCCUGGAAAAUCAAGAAUUUAAAUGUGAAUACCAGUAGAGACCGAAAACUUCACUUUCUACUUACAAAUAACCAAACGAAUAUCAAAUACAGAGAGGAAUUCCCGGCCAGGUGGGCAAGUGACUAUAAAAAGUUAUUGGCGAAGAACAAUUCAAAACACGUGACUGGACAGAGGGACGGACUCAGCAGAUUUAAGGGAAGUGACUUACGUAAGCCAGGAGCCUUGAAACCAGAUAGUCAGAGGAGUAGAUCUCGCAAUAUCGGAAUCUUAGUCAAUAGUAGUAAGAUUACCGGCCAGCGUCAGCUAAAGGGAGGGAAACAAGACAUCUUGUAUUUGAAAACUGGCGAUGUUGAAACAAAGGGAAGACAACCGGCAUCACUCCCUGCCUUGAAAUGGUUUGUUGUCGGUAAUGUUCGUGGGAACAGAAGACGGGUCUUGAGAAUCAACAAAAAUCAAACCGCCGAGAAUAAUUUAAAGAAAUUCAACGAUGACAAUUUACUAAACCAGCAUCUCAUUUGGUUCACAAAACCUAAACAAGACGGAAACCUUAAGAGCAGCACAAGUUCCUCCAUCAGAGACGCAUUGAAAGACAGUGUUCUAAAGCAAAGACUACUCGCGUUGAAGCAAAAAAAGACGAACUCUCGCCCAAUUUCAACCAGCAGGGUAAAAAGUUUGCCGGCUGGUAGCCUCAAAUCGACCCUCCCGACAACUCUGGCAAAAAUCGCAACCCAGCAAGUCACGACCGCAGCGCCCCGACACCGAGACCUGGCGGGGAAGAUGCUCGUCUGCUACUACACCAACUGGGCGCAGUACCGCCAGGGCGCCGCGAAGUAUCUGCCCGAGGACAUCGACCCGAACCUCUGCACCCACAUCCACUACGCCUUCGCCAAGCUGAACGAGAGCAGUGAGUUGGCUCCCUUUGAAUGGAAUGACGAGAGCACGCCGUGGAGUGUGGGGAUGUGAGUUAUGUUUGUUUGGCACAUUCUCGGCUUUAGGUUUCAACACGGACGAGCCUACCUGUGUCACUUUCUUCAACGUUUUGCAAAGACGGGCUUCCCGGUCUUUUGUUGUUGUUGUUGUUGUUGCUUUAAACAGGGGCGUGAUUCAGGGCCGGUAUGUUUCUUUAAUUAAAUUUUUAAAGAUAUUUAUCGAUUGUCUUUCUUGGACCAUCAGGAUUUUUUUUAAAAACUAAUCCUAUGAAUAGUUGUGGUUUGAACAAAUAGAGUGGCAUGAGCUCAUUUCAGCCGCUUCAAAUGCAGCACACACUCAUGUCUCUGUUUCAGCCGCUUCAAAUGCAGCACACAAUCAUGUCUCUGUUUCAGCCGCUUCAAAUGCAGCACAUACUCAUGUCUCUGUUUCAGCCGCUUCAAAUGCAGCACACACUCAUGUCUCUGUUUCAGCCGCUUCAAAUGCAGCACACACUCAUGUCUCUGUUUCAGCCGCUUCAAAUGCAGCACACACUCAUAUCUCUGUUUCAGCCGCUUCAAAUGCAGCACACACUCAUGUCUCUAUUUCAGCCGCUUCAAAUGCAGCACACACUCAUGUCUCUAUUUCAGCCGCUUCAAAUGCAGCACACACUGAUGUCUCUAUUUCAGCCGCUUCAAAUGCAGCACACACUCAUGUCUCUGUUCACAAAAUAUAGUAAAAUGCUGACUGGGUUCUUUGUUAAAACCACGAUUAAAAAAAAAAAGCUAACGUUUUCAGAAAUUAAAAUUAUUAUUUUUAUUUCAAUAAUUUAUAAACUAGGUUUAUUUGCCGACAAUUGAAAAUGAGACGAAGAUAAGCACGUCCUGACCAGUUACCUUGAACUGUGACCUUAUUUUCUGACAUUGUGCAGAAAUGUAUCAAAAUGAAAAACAUCGGUACUCUCUAAACCAGUUUUUUUACAAUCCAAGAAAUAUUGUAAAGUAAAUUUAAUCGAGAGUUUGCGCUACCACAUAGAAAGAACAAAAAAUUCUUAGGGUUGUGAAAAACUCGGAGGUAAAUUUAGAGCAUCUAAUUUAGGCAUUAAUAGUACCCAUGAGAGCGUUUUAGAAAAAAGAUCUAGAAAAGUUAACUUUCUCAACAGGUACGACAGAGUUAACGAAGUCAAGAAGAAGAACCCAAACCUUCAAGUUCUUCUGUCUCUGGGUGGCUGGACCAUGUCAUCCCCUCCAUUCUCAACGAUGGUGGCGACAGAUGAGAGGCGACGGACUUUCAUACAGGUACAGAUAGUUCAAUUGGUAAAGACAACCUGCGCCCCGCGGGCCACACGCGGCCGUUGUAAACGUUGAAACGGGCCCCUUUGGUUUCAUGAACUGGAUUUACGUUGUCGUCAAGUGUAAACACUGAGAAUGCUGAACUAGAAACGCCUUUGAUAAAUAAUAAUGGCAGCGUUCAAUUUUUACACUGUAAUAAGAACAAUCUUAUUUUAAUCCAUCCUGUGACUCAUUAAAAAUGUGUUUAAUUUAUUGUACAGAACGCUCAGUGCGGAUUACCCUAUGGGCUAAGUAGGGUUAAGCUUAGGGUUUCUAACAACUAAAGAGGUUCAAUUUAAAAAAAAAAUAUAUAUAUAUAUAUAGAUUCCAUCCAUUGAUUUAAAAUAGGUAGCAUUUUUAUUUUAAAUACUGCAAUACGAGCAAAAAAAAAUAUUAAAAAACAUGGGUAAAAAGUGCAAAAUGUAUUUCAUGCACUCACCACUAUUUAAAUUGAAUCGGUCGUUCCUCUGUUAAUCGUCGUCUUCAAGCCGUGGGGAGUUUGGAAGUGCACAUGCAAAAGCUAAGGAGGCUAAUGCUUUGGAAAGCUACAGUGCUAUCACUGAUGACUAUACACGUAUACUGGGAUGUUAAUGGAAAAGGGUAAUGUCAGACUUCAAGUCAGCGCUCUUUUUCCAGAAAAUGGAAGUGUUUGGGAUUUAGGCUUAGUGUAGUAGCACUUUGGCAUAUACAUAAAUCAGAACUGCUAUUGGGAACAUGUGCACAUUUUUAUAAUUCACUUUAAGAAUUUAAUAACGAAAUCACAGAAUUUGAUGAGCUUGACACUCAGUGGGCUUUUUUUUCUUGUUUCUUUCAGUUAUUUAUAAAACUAAAUUCUGAAACAAACUAUUUAGUCUAAUCUUUUAUCUUCUUCUGUCCGCUUAUAUCGGUGAUGCGUCGCGGGUACUGUUAAAGGAUAAUUCAUAUAUUUAGUAGUAUUUAGUGAUCCACUUUCAGGUACACACUGCGUUCUUUAAAAAAAAAAAAUUCCAUGUUUUAUCAAGUACCUUUAUAAAAACAAUAAUUGGUAAUAGAUAUGAAUAAUAUAACCUUUAUAGAAACAAUAAUUGGUAUUAGAUUUGAAUAAUAUAACCACAGUAUACCAACAUGUGUGUGUUUGAGUGUAAAAGUAAUUGAAAUGGUUUUUUUUUGUUUUUUUAAAGUUGUUGUUAAAUUAAUAUUUUUUUUUAAGGUGGGGGAUGGGGGCCGAGAGAGAUUGUAAGGAGCCUCAAAAUAUAAUCAGCCUAGUGCCUAGGGCCUUCAGUUCGCUAAAUCCGGCGGUUAGAGCGGGGAACGCUAGGGUCCUAUAGAGGUCCUAUCCAGCCCGCAUGAAAGAAAAACAUUUCCACGCGGGCCUCACCGCACAUAGAGGGUUUCCCAAUCCUGGCAUAGCAAUGAUUUAAUUUGUCAUCCUCUCAAACUACUGUACGUUUAUAUCUUUCUUAGUCAGCUUUAGUCUUUUUACGUCGGUGGAAUUUUGACGGCAUUGACCUUGACUGGGAAUACCCUGCAGAUCGGGGGAGCCCGCCAGAGGACAAGCAACGGUUCACAAUCCUAGCUCAGGUAAGUCGUGUGGUGCUCGAUAUAUAUAGGUAUGCCAUACAGGAGUCUAGGUUAUUUAUGUUGUAAUCUAGUUAAACUACUAAAUAUUGAUGACUUUGUAAACCAUGUAGCGGUUUAGGAAGGCCACGUAGUAUACUAAAUAUUACAUUAAAAAGUGAAGAGACUCUGAAAGAUUGAUAUCAUAUACACAGGAAAUUAUGGAUGCCUUUAAAGCUGAAAGUGUACAUUCAGGAAAGCCGAGAUUGCUGCUGUCAGCUGCUGUUUCUGCUGGUAAACCAACGAUCGACGAUGCGUAUGAGGUCCCUGAAAUUUCCCAGUAAGUAAUAGUUUUGUUGUAAUUUACCAUCUAUCUCCUUCAUAAAGUAAAGUUUUCAUUGUUUGGUUUCAUGGACCAAAAACGUUCAUUGAAAUGAAAGAAAGGUUCACAAUGCCAUCUUCAAAUUGUCACCUACAAACCCUCAUUAGCUUGUAGUCCUUAAAUACCACCAGUAGCUUGUAGUCCAUAAUACCACCAGUAGCGUGUCGUCCUAAAAUACCAUCAUUAGCUUGUAGUCCUUAAAUACCACCAGUAGCUUGUAGUCCUUAAAUAACAUCAGUAGCUUGUAGUCCUUAAAUACCAUCAGUAGCUUGUAGUCCUUAAAUACCAUCAGUAGCUUGUAGUCCUUAAAUACCAUCAGUAGCUUGUAGUCCUUAAAUACCACCAGUAGCUUGUAGUCCUUAAAUACCAUCAGUAGCUUGUAGUCCUUAAAUACCAUCAGUAGCUUGUAGUCCUUAAAUACCAUCAGUAGCUCGUAGUCCUUAAAUACCACCAGUAGCUUGUAGUCCUUAAAUACCAUCAGUAGCUUGUAGUCCUUAAAUACCAUCAGUAGCUUGUAGUCCUUAAAUACCACCAGUAGCUUGUGGUCCUUAAAUACCAUCAGUAGCUUGUAGUCCUUACAUAUCAUCAGUAGCUUGUAGUCCUUAAAUACCAUCAGUAGCUUGUAGUCCUUAAAUACCACCAGUAGCUUGUAGUCCUUAAAUACCAUCAGUAGCUUGUAGUCCUUAAAUACCAUCAGUAGCUUGUAGUCCUUAAAUACCAUCAGUAGCUCGUAGUCCUUAAAUACCACCAGUAGCUUGUAGUCCUUAAAUACCAUCAGUAGCUUGUAGUCCUUAAAUACCAUCAGUAGCUUGUAGUCCUUAAAUACCACCAGUAGCUUGUGGUCCUUAAAUACCAUCAGUAGCUUGUAGUCCUUACAUAUCAUCAGUAGCUUGUAGUCCUUAAAUACCAUCAGUAGCUUGUAGUCCUUAAAUACCACCAGUAGCUUGUAGUCCUUAAAUACCAUCAGUAGCUUGUAGUCCUUAAAUACCAUCAGUAGCUUGUAGUCCUUAAAUACCACCAGUAGCUUGUAGUCCUUAAAUACUACCAGUAGCUUGUAGUCCUUAAAUACCAUCAGUAGCUUGUAGUCCUUAAAUACCAUCAGUAGCUUGUAGUCCUUAAAUACCAUCAGUAGCUUGUAGUCCUUAAAUACCACCAGUAGCUUGUAGUCCUUAAAUACCAUCAGUAGCUUGUAGUCCUUAAAUACCACCAGUAGCUUGUAGUCCUUAAAUACCACCACUAGCUUGUAGUCCUUUAAUACCACCAGUAGCUUGUAGUCCUUAAAUACCAUUCUAGAGGUUGUGACACAAUUUUUUUAGAUUUUAGUUUUAGUCCACAUGAUAUUAUUUUUUUUUUUUACUCUCCACUUCACAUUUGAACACGUGUCUGCAGAUGCAUGUCACACAUAGCAACGGUCUCCAGAUGUACGGCACACAUAGCAACUGUCUCCAGAUGUAUAGUACACAUAGAAAUUGGUCUUCCUUUUUCUUUCCUUUCUUCAGAAUAUUUGACUACAUUAAUUUGAUGAGCUACGACUUCUACGGCAGCUGGGACACGGUCACCGGACACGUUAGUCCACUGUACCCGCCCAGUGAUCCUCAAGAUGAGAGGGACAGGACUUACAAUCUGGUAAACUAGAAUGUGACCAUUUCUGUAUACAGAUUUGGUUUAAAUUUGAUAAUGUUGCGAUGUGGAAGAAACAAUGACAUGCACCUUUUUAUGUCAAUGGGAUUGUAAUUAUAUUUAUUUUUUUUUAAAAAAAGAGUUUGUUUUUUUUGCGAGUUAAUAAAACAUCACAUAAAACUUUUGCAAUGUAACUGUGAAAGUAAAAAAUAGGGCCCUUCCCCAUUUAAAAAGUUCGCUGUUGGUCGACAACGGUUCCCAAUCCUGGCAAAACCUCAAUAUAUAAAAAGAAAAUGGACAGCCCUUUCAGCACCCCCAUUCCUACGCUAGUGGUAGGACCAUGCUGUAAUAGAGGCGAGACAAAUAAAAAGUAGUUUUUUUUUUGUUUUUUUUUUUGUUUUAUUUGCUCAAACUUGACUAAAAUUCUUUAAAUUUGUUAAUAAAAAUGAUAAACAAUUAAUAUUAUCCGGAUUAAAAUUAUCAAAAUUCGUUUUUUUUUUUUUUUUUUUUUUUUUUUUUUAAAUAAAAAACAUUCACAUCCAAAAGUAUUUUAAAGGAUUAACUUAUUAUUGACCUCAGUGGGGGCAGAAUGCCUUUCAGUAAAGUAAAAAUGCUGAUCUUCAUGUAACAAUUACACAACAUGUCAGAAUAAUUUUCCAGUUUUUUGCUGCAACCUACUGGGUGAGCCUGGGGUGUCCACCCGAGAAGCUUGUGAUUGGCCUAAUUACUUACGGCAGAUCAUUUACACUCAGUGACCCGAAUGUGUCUGGACUGAAGGCGCCAGUGACCGGCCCUGGACAGCCGGGAAUGUACACGGGAGAAGCCGGUUUUCUUUCAUUCUACGAGGUAAAACAAAAGACAAACCGCUACGGUUGGACUAUGUUCUCGUAAUAAUAAAUACAUUUUGUUCACUUGUUUCAAGAUAAAACUUAAAGCUCAAAUUGUUUAUAUGGACCACUGCGAUGGAGAUUAUAUUAUGAAGAUUCUCUGUACAUUUGAUGCUUAAUUUCUUUAUUUUUCAUUUACAAAAUCAGUAAAGCCUUUAAGAGAUUUUGUCAAAACCUCAUUUUUUUUUGUAUUUAGUAAAUCCAGAGACAGCUGGCUAUCUUACAGUCUACUUAAUACAUGUUUUACUAAAUAAAAUGUCAGGUGUACAAAAUGAUAGAACAAGGCGCCAAAGUGAACAGACUGGCGGAGGAGAAGGUUCCUUACCUAGUGUUAAACAGCCAGUGGGUCGGCUACGAAGAUCAGGAAAGCCUCAAAACAAAGGUAUGUGGUCAGAUCACAACGUAUGCAUAUAAAUAUACCGGGGGGGGGGGGGAGAAGGGUGGGAAGGGGCAAAAAUUUUAAUUGCAAAAUUUUUUUUUUUGUUUUUUUAAAAUUUAUCACAACGUAGGCGUAUAAGUAUACCGGGGGGGGGGGUAGAAGGUUGGAACGGGUCAACAAUUUCAAUUGCAAACUUUAUUUGUUGUUAUUUUAAAACUUCUGUAUGUACAAAUUGUUAAUUAUUUGUUGUGUUAAUAAUUCAUUGGAACAAAAUAUGGGGAAAUGGACAAAUAAAUGACAUAAAUUUUUACUGAGUUACUGAUGGACUCACUUACCGACUCACUGACGACGGACUGACCCGCUGACUCACUCACUGACGACUGACUGACCCACUGACUCCCUCACAGUUUGACUCAAUCACUGACCAACGCGAUGAAUGACCGACUGACUGACUGAACGACUGACUGACUGACCGACUGACCGACUGACAUAAUGACUGACUAACUGGCUGCUCGACUGACUGCCCGACUGACUGCCCGACUGACUGCCUGACUGACUGCCCGACUGACUGACAUAAUGAUUCACUUACUGACUGACUGACCAACUUACUGACUGACAUAAUUACCCUCUAACUGACUUACUGACGGACUGAAUGACCGAUAAAUUGACUGACAUCCUAAAUGAUAUAAUGACUCACUUACUAACUGAAUAACCGACUGACUGACUGACAUAAUGACUCACUAACUGACUGACUAACUGACUGCUCGACUGACUGGCAUAAUUACUCACUUACUGACUGACUGACUGACACCCUGACUGACAUAAUGUCUCACUUACAGACUGACGGAUCGACCGACUGACUGAUCGAAUAACUUACUGACCGACACUUCCACCGUUCACUCCAAGGUCCAGUUCAUCAAAGACAAGAAGUUUGCCGGCGCCAUGGUCUGGGACCUUGACCUUGAUGAUUUCAACAACACGUUCUGUGGCCUGGGCCGAUACCCACUUAUACAAACUAUUCAUGACAGUUUGCUCAGCUAACCAUUGAAACCAUAUUUGUAAUCACGUAUUAGUUCGUUCGUGUUAAUGUUUAUAUCUUAGAGCACUAAUGUCCAGAGACCUUUUCUCAUUGUUACUGUGUGCCUUACGAACACAUUGAUUAGAUGUCGUUGUAACACAUUUGGUCUAGAGUAGCGGUUCUCAACCUGUAAGUCAGGACCCCUUUGGGGUCGAACGACCCUUGCACAGGGGUCGCCUCAGAUCAUCGGAAAACACAUUUACUCUACAGUUAUGAAGUACCAGUGAAAAUAAUAUUGUGGCUGGGGGGGUCACCACAACAUGUGGAACUGUAUUAAAGGGUCGCGGCAUUAGGAAGGUUGAGGACCACCGGUCUAGAGUGAUUUGUGAUUUGAGAAAGUAAUACUUUGAUGAAGAUCUUAAGAAGUGGAAUAAAUGAACCAAAUAAUCAGAUAUAUGGCCGUGUUGAGUUGAAAUGAACAGAAGUGCUGCAAAGUUUUAUUUUUUUUAAAUUUUUAUUUAGAAAAGAAAAUUUGGAGUUAAGAAAACAUUCCAAUAUAACAUUACAAUAUAACAUUACAAUAUAACAUUACAAUAUAACAUUACAAUAUAACAUUACAAUAUUACUUUGGCAAUAUAACAGUGAACGUAAACAAAUAAAUCCCCUCCCUAUGUUAAUGAAACAGCCGUUUUUUAACAAAUAAUCUAUCCCCGUAUGGAAAAGAAAUAAAUAAAUAAACGUAGAAAGUUUGCAUAUUGACUUUCAGGCCCCUAACUCUAACUACUAUUUUGUGAGCUUAUGUAGCCGUAGUUGGUGAUUGGUUGAUGGCACAAUUUGAACCCUGCUCGUAGCGCCAAACACCACGGAAGCGUGCAGUCUGAAAGCUGACCGCUUUAAAUAGUAUUGAGCUAUUAAAUUUUUACGAAUGGUGCGCCACCUACAACGUUUGAUCA